CAUUCAACAGAUUUUCUUCUUUUUCCUUAGCUUUUCAAUGAAGUUGAAAUUAUCAUCCCCCAGUGAAUCUGAUCUAGAUGACAAAUUGACAUUUGACAAUAUCCAAACGUUUAUUCAUCUUCACCAAAAUCAUUGAACUGAAAUACCUCAAAACCUGAAUUCGAAAUCCUGGUCGAAUUAGAGAGAUUACAAUGCAUCAGUUUAAGAUGUCAAAAUGCUUCAGCUUUACCGGAUCACGCGAUUGGUUCUAUCGCAAUUCCUUCGCCAAUGCUGGACUUCGUUCCGUUAGGACUGAUCUUGGCGAAGGCACUGUCAUGCACUGUUGGGUCCCAAAAAUCCAAAACAAAUCAAGGCCCAAUCUUCUUCUCGUCCAUGGCUUUGGUGCCAAUGCAAUGUGGCAAUAUGGACAGCAUCUUCGCCACUUCACGUCCCGAUUUAAUGUCUAUGUACCAGACCUUGUCUUCUUCGGUGAAUCCUACACAACCAGAACCGACCGGACCGAGUCGUUCCAGGCUCAAUGCGUGAUGAGGAUGAUGGAGGAACAUGGUGUGCCAAGAAUGAGCCUGGUGGGUAUAAGCUAUGGUGGGUUUGUGGGGUAUAGUAUGGCAGCGCAGUUUCCAGAAAAAAUGGAGAAGUUGGUGCUAUGCUGCGCUGGUGUUUGCUUGGAGGAGAAGGACUUGGAGGAGGGUUUCUUUAAUGUUGCAGAUUUGGAUGAGGCUCUGAGCAUUUUGUUGCCUCAGACGCCAGAGAAAUUGAGGGAAUUAAUGAGGUUUUCCUUCGUAAAGCCUGCAGCCAGGUGGGUGCCAAAUUAUUUUCUCACAGAUUUCAUUGAUGUGAUGUGUACGGAUUAUCUUGAAGAGAAAAGAGAGUUGAUCCGGGCAAUACUAAAAGAUAGAGAAUUCUCUAAUCUUCCUAAGAUCACACAGCGCACAUUAAUAAUCUGGGGAGAAGAAGAUCUGAUAUUCCCUUUGGAACUAGCCCACAGAUUAAAAAGGCAUACCGGGGACAGUGCAGAGCUUGUAGUGAUAAAGAAUGCAGGGCAUGCUGUUAACAUUGAAAAGCCCAAGGAGUUCAUCAAGCACUUAAAAUCAUUCCUUUUUGAUUCAUCUUCAUCUACUCCUUCCUCAGCUCACAGCGGUCUCCUAUUACGUUAUUGGUCUGAAUAUAAGUUUGGGUUAACAAAACACAAUUAG